GUGACGCGGAGGUUAGAUUCAUGCGUAAAAAUGAUCGUGUCCACCAUUCCGUUGUUUUAGUCGCAUUACGCGCGAAUCCCUCUCCAUCGUCUGUCAGCGCGCCUGUCGGGACACAGUAGCUGCCUGUCUGUCCCUCAACGGGUCCAUGUGUCCAACCCACUGAUCUUUUGCGGACUGUAAUCUUAUCAGCGUCAACCCGUCGCUGCCCUCUUCUCUCGGCCAGUGUCCGCUUGUCUUCGGAUGGCAUUUGCGCUCAAAUCUGGAUAAGGGAUUUUUUUUUAUCAGUGAAAACUUUUAUCAACAAAGGGGUUUGCUACAUUUAAAGUCAGAGGGGCGAUUGGAUGUGUAAUAAAAUGAUAAUUUGACCGUUUUCAACUUUGGACCAGAGGAAGACAUGGCAUCUACAUAUCAAGAAAGGAGUAUUUUAUACUUACUUCUCUUUGCAAUAUGCACAGCCAGCGUUUGCUUUUGUUCAAGAAGAUCAAAUGCUCGGAGAUCUGAUCGCCUGAGUCCUCCGCUAGACAUCCAGCUGGAGACCGUCAACUGCACCGCCUUUAGUGUACGAUGGAAGAUGCCCCGGAGACAUGUUAGCACCAUCACUGGAUACAAGGUCUUCUACACCGAGAUGAGGAAUGGCCAUUCAAUGGGGACAGAGUCUUUAAUGGAGGUGCCUCUCAGCUUGGACAUGCUGACCACUGGGCAAUUUGAUGGACGAGCAAGCUUUGAAGUGGACAUUGUUAACCGUCGAGUGAACACUAAGUACAGAGUCACUGUCGGGGCGUACGGUCGGGCCGGGGAGGGGAGACCCAGCAUGCCCCGAGACAUCGGCACUGCAUCACAUGACAUGUGCAUGCCCCCAUCGCCCCCCACUCAGCCUGUUGUCAUGGCGGUAUCUGACACAGAACUGGCGUUGUCAUGGCAGCAAGGAGAGACCGAAGGAAGUGCACCUGUCCUUCACUUCCUGGUGGCUUACAUCAGGCCAGAAAUGGACACGGAGUGGACGCACAUCCGUGAGCCCAUCGGGACGAACUCCAUGGUUUUGAAGGGAUUGUUACCGGAAACCGAGUACCAGUUUGUUGUCAGGGCAGCCAACGUGCACGGAGCCAGCCCACCCAGCCACAUCAACAGCCCCGUGCGCACGCUCGGUGCAUCGGAAGUUGGCAGCGGUGACUACGGCCGCUACUUCACAGAUUCAGGGAUCAAAGACGAAGACGGCUUCGACGUUGAUGACUCCGAUUAUGAUAUCUUUAUUGAGGAGUUGAAGCCAUUCCCAGGUAUUAAUCAGGACAACAGGAAGUCGCAGCUCCGUUCACGCCCUGAUCCGCCGUCUGGUCGCAACGUUGUUUACCGAAUGAACACCAUCGCUCCUCCCAACGUUACUGCGCCUCCAGCUUCCUCCACCACCUCGCUCAUCUUCCCGGAUUUCACAGAUCUGAUUUACUCAACCACCUCAGAGCCCAGCACCACUAUUGACACCACAACGACUGCCCCGCUGACCACUACCAGUGUCCCUUUGCCCACCAUGUCCCCCUGGAGAGGCGAGGUGCCUCGCGUGUACGACCUGACCUGCGACGAUACCGUGUGCCCCCCCGACAGCUUCUGUCUCAGCGAUUACGACGGCGGAGGCUCACGCUGCCACUGUAACCUCGGGCGAAGAGGGGACACUUGCUCUGAGGUGGUACCUGUGAACUUUCCGAGGUUCUUCGGCUACUCUCACCUGACCUUUGAACCCUUGAAAAACUCUUUCCAGACCUUUCAGAUCUCUUUCGAGUUCAAGGCGGACUCUGAGGACGGCUUGUUGCUGUACUGUGGAGAGAACGAACAUGGCCGCGGAGACUUUACCUCUUUGGCUCUGGUGCGAGGCAAGCUUCACUACAGGUUUAACUGUGGCACAGGAGCCGCUCAGAUAGCCAGUGAGAGUCGCGUUGUCGUCGGUCAGUGGCACAUGGUCACCGUCUUCAGGGACGGCAUGAGCGGCUGGCUGCGUAUGGACAACGACACGCCCAUAUCUGGCCGCUCGCAGGGCCAGUACACCAAGAUCACUUUCCGCUCGCCGCUGUAUGUGGGUGGAUCCCCGAGUGCUUAUUGGCUGGUCAGGGCGACGGGGACGAAUCGGGGCUUUCUUGGCUGCAUUCAAAGUCUGGCUAUCAACAACAAAGCUACUGACAUCCGACCUUGGCCCCUGGGCAGAGCUCUGAGUGGAGCAGACAUCGGUGAGUGCAGCGACAGCGUGUGUGACCUGGUCAGCUGCGCCAACGGCGGCGUCUGCUUUGCAAACCGCGCCGACGGCUUCAUCUGCCUGUGCCCGCUCGGCUUCAGCGGAGCACUUUGUGCAGAGACUUUCUCACUCUCCUCCCCUCUCUUCAAUGAGACUGCCUUUUCGUACGCCGUCAUCCCCUGGCCUCAGUCCUCUCAGAGUUAUCUGUCCUUCAUGGAGUUCGAGCUGACGUUUCGGCCGUCGAUGCCCGACGGGACGCUGCUGUACAGCGACGACGCCGGCAGCAGAGACUUCCUGGCUAUCAACCUCGUGGACGGAUAUGUGGAGUUCAGAUUUGACUGCGGCUCUGGAGGAGCGACAAUAAGGAGUGAAGAGAAGAUCAUACUGGACGCCUGGCAUGAGCUGAGGGUGUCCCGCACAGCAAAGAGUGGGAUCCUCCAGGUGGAUAGUCAGAGGGCGAUAGAAGGAAUCGCUGAGGGAGCUUUCACUCAGAUCAACUGCAGCUCACCUCUUCAUAUUGGAGGAGUACCAGAAUAUGAUAAAACCAAGAGGACAGCAGGUGUGAUAAAGCCCUUCACAGGAAUUAUUCAGAAGCUGAUACUCAACGACCGCACCAUCCCCAUCACAACUGGCUCUGCUGGUGGAGUUAACGUGGCUAAUUCAGCUCACCCAUGUGUGGAAGGUCCCUGUGCCAACGGGGGGACCUGCAGGCCAAAGUGGGACAGCUAUGAUUGUGACUGCCCCCUCGGGUAUGAUGGGAGGCACUGCCAGAAAGAGUGUGGAAAUUACUGUUUGAACACUGUGACUGAAUCCAUUGAGAUCCCGCAGUUCAUUGGCAGAAGUUACCUGACAUAUGACAACAGAGACAUCCUGAAAAGGGCGUCUGGGUCCAGGACCAAUCUGUUCAUGCGUUUUAGGAGCACAGCCAAGGACGGCCUGUUGCUAUGGCGAGGAGACAGUCCAAUGAGACCCAACAGUGACUUCCUGUCGAUUGGGCUUCAGGAGGGUGCACUAAUCUUCAGUUAUAACCUGGGCAGCGGCACGACUGACAUCGCCGUCAACGGGACUUUCACCGACGGAAAGUGGCACAGAGUCAAAGCUGUGAGGGAUGGACCGUCAGGGAAGCUGACAGUGGAUGACUACGGAGCAAAAACCGGCAGGUCCCCUGGAAAGAUGAGACAACUCAACAUCAACGGACCCUUAUAUGUUGGCGGCAUGAAGGAGAUCGCUCUUCACACAAACAGACAGUACAGGGGAGGCCUGGUGGGCUGCGUGUCCCACUUCACCCUCUCCACUGAUUACCACUUAGCGCUGGUGGAGGACGCUGCCGACGGCAAGAACAUCAACACCUGCUCCAACUAGCACACGUUAAACACGCCACGGUGCGUCUCAGCAACAUUUCCAAGUGGAGCGAACGCCACGACCUGGCUCAUGAGUCAUCUCGAAACGGACUAAAACAAUAACAUGUCGGCCUUACUCUUCAGGGCCGACGUGCUACAAACCCAACGUGCGAAAAGACGAACAACGACGUUACUUUGAGCCACGAGCAGAUACACGUUGCUCCUGUGUGCAAAGUUCACAAGACAACUUUAGUUGUACGUUUUUAUUUUAACAUUAACAACUUGUUGAUGCGUAAAUUGCUCUUUUGAAACACGGCAAAAAAAAUAAACACCAUGGAUAUUACAAAGCACAAGUAAUCUGUUAGUUUAAGCGUUAUGGAUGAUGAAGGUUUUUGAAGGACACUUUUUUUUUUCAUUGGACGAUUCCAAUCGUAUCUUUCUUUUUUUCUACUGUAAAUCCUUAUUUGAUUGCUGGAAGAACCAAGUGAUCCGAGGGAUCAAGAGGCAUCACAAGUUGUUCAUGAACCUGACCUAGAGCUAGCAGAGAUAAACUUCUUUGUAGAGGAUUUGGGUUUUUUGGCCAUAGAGGAUUUCUGUUGUUUUUGUCGCACUCGUAUUAUUGUUUGUGUCGUAUUUUCAGUAUUUUCAGUCUGAUUGAUGUCAGUUUUUAUAAAGAUUGCUAGUUUUAAAGGGCGAAGAGAUUUCACCCGCACACUACAUUUGUUUCUGUAUAAACUCUCCUUUUAGUUGACAUGCUCCUUCAUUAGGAACUCUCAGAUACUCGUCACAUGAAAGCCUGAUGUUGACACGAGGAAGCCAAAAUCCUGGAGAAAACCUCUGGACGUCAGCCUAAAGCUUUUGUUGUUUGAGAAAAUAGAUAAUCUCUUAUUUCAGCAUUUGCGGUGCAAGAUUGUCAAAUUAGUUUCAAUGCCUAAGCUGUGCUACUUAAAAUUAACAUUCGGUAAAGGUUCCAGCUAUUUGUUCUGCAUUUUCUCUAAUUAAUCUUGCUUAACUCAAUUGUUGUUUCCCCCUCCAACAAAAGUGACGACAAUGUGAAAAUAAGAUGAGGCACACACCUUGGUUGUAAGUUUUAGUUCAGAAAAAAAUCCCCAAAUAAACUGUCAGUUAUUGCACACAUUUA